AAUCUCCCCUCUGUUUACAAUUAACAGUGAAAAAGAACAAGAGAAAAGGGGAAAACAUUCUUCAAAAACAGAUGAUGAAAGAAAAGAAAAACCCCACACAAACAUAGAACACUUUCUUUCUGCCAUUCUCUCAGAUCCAAGUUCCUCUGCAUUUCGUUCUGUCAUCCUCUUCUACCUUCCUGCGAUCUCACAAUUUGUUCAUCCGGAUCUGGACUUUCACCUUCUCUGUCUCUACCUGUCGAUACUUGAGGUCUUCAUUUCCGAUAGAUCAUGCUCUGGUUCUGCUGUUAUUCGGAUCGGAUCGAGCUCACCUAAAGCCUCUCAAGUCACAAUGGACGUAAUCAUGAAUCCGUUUUCAUCAGAAACGCGGUUGAGGGAUAUGAUUCGGUCUAUACGUGCUUGUAAAACUGCUGCAGAAGAACGUGCUGUUAUAAGGAAAGAGUGUGCUGCCAUUCGUGCUGCAGUUAGUGCAAAUGACCAGGAUUAUCGGCAUCGCAAUAUGGCAAAGCUCAUGUUCAUUCAUAUGCUUGGUUACCCCACACAUUUUGGUCAAAUGGAGUGCCUAAAAUUGAUAGCAUCUGCUGGAUUUCCAGAAAAGAGAAUAGGAUAUCUUGGUCUCAUGUUACUUCUUGAUGAAAGACAAGAAGUUCUAAUGCUGGUCACAAAUUCUGUAAAGCAAGAUCUUAAGCACACAAACCAAUAUAUUGUGGGUCUUGCUCUUUGUGCUUUGGGGAAUAUUUGUUCAGCAGAAAUGGCUCGUGAUCUGGCACCCGAAGUGGAAAGAUUGCUCCAAUUUCGAGAUCCAAACAUUCGAAAAAAAGCAGCAUUAUGCUCUAUAAGGAUUAUAAAGAAGGUGCCAGACCUGGCGGAGAAUUUUAUUGCUCCUGCUGCUUCCUUGAUCAAGGAAAAGCACCAUGGGGUUUUGAUAACAGGAGUUCAGCUUUGUACAGAUCUAUGUAAAGUCAGCACAGAGGCCCUUGAUUAUUUUAGACAGAGGUGCACAGAGGGUUUGGUUAAAGUUCUAAAGGAUGUGGUGAAUAGUCCAUAUUCACCUGAGUACGACACUUCCGGGAUUACAGAUCCUUUUCUUCAUAUCAAACUACUUAGGCUCUUACGCAUUUUGGGCCAAGGAGAUGCAGAUGCUAGUGACUGUAUGAAUGACAUUCUUGCUCAGGUUGCAACAAAAACCGAGCCAAACAAAAAUGCAGGGAAUGCCAUUCUUUAUGAAUGUGUUGAAACUAUUAUGAGCAUUGAAGACAAUAGUGGCUUGCGUGUACUUGCCAUUAAUAUUUUGGGAAGAUUCUUGUCAAACCGUGACAACAAUAUUAGAUAUGUUGCAUUGAAUAUGCUGAUGAAGGCUAUUGCAGUAGAUGCCCAAGCAGUACAGAGGCAUCGGGCAACAAUUUUGGAAUGUGUAAAGGAUUCAGAUGCUUCCAUUAGGAAGAGGGCACUUGAACUCAUCUAUCUGCUGGUGAACGAAAGCAAUGUGAAGCCUUUGACAAAAGAGCUUAUUGAUUAUCUGGAAAUAAGUGAUCAAGAAUUCAAGGGAGAUCUUACUGCCAAAAUUUGCUCGAUUGUGGAAAAGUUUUCCCCAGAAAAACUAUGGCACAUUGAUCAGAUCCUCAAGGUUCUCUCUGAGGCAGGAAAUUUUGUGAAGGAUGAAGUUUGGCAUGCCCUUAUUGUAGUAAUAAGCAAUGCUCCUGACCUUCAUGGAUAUACUGUAAGGGUCCUUUACAAGGCAGUCCUAGCAUCAGGUGAACAGGAAAGUCUUGUUCGAGUGGCUGUCUGGUGCAUUGGGGAAUAUGGUGAAAUGUUGGUCAAUAAUGUUGGGAUGCUUGACAUUGAGGAACCAAUUACUGUAACAGAAUCUGAUGCUGUGGAUGUCUUAGAGGUUGCCAUGAAGUGUCACACAUCAGAUAUUACCACUCGAGCUAUGUCUUUAGUUGCUCUUUUAAAGCUCUCCUCCCGUUUCCCAUCUUGUUCACAGAGGAUAAGGGACAUAAUCGUUCAGCAAAAAGGAAGCCUUGCGUUAGAACUGCAGCAACGAUCUCUUGAAUUUAAUUCUAUAAUUGAGAAGCAUCAGAAUAUCAGGCCUGCCUUGGUUGAGGGGAUGCCAGUUCUAGAUGAAGCAACUUUUCGUGGAAAAAGAGCUGGCUCUUUGCCGCCAAGUGUUUCAAUCCCUAAAGGGGCUUCACUUAAUCUUCCAAAUGGAGUUUCCAAACCACCUGCUGCCCCUUUUGUUGAUUUGCUUGAUUUAACUUCAGAUGAUGUCCCUGCUCCUAGCUCUUCUGGUGGUGAUUUUCUUCAGGAUCUGCUUGGUGUAGAUUUGGCCCCUAUUCCAUCGCUAUCAGGUACAUGCCAGCCUCCAACAAAUGGCACGGAUGUUCUGCUGGAUCUUUUGUCAAUUGGAACUCCUCCUGUGCAAAACAAUCAAUCAACACCUCGUAUAUCAUCCCCCAGUCAGGAUACUAGAAAAUCAGUGGCUCCAUUGGAGAGACUUUCAUCACUUUCAUCUCCACUUUCCGAACAACUUUCUUCUCCUGCAGGAGCAGCAGCUGUGGUGGACUUGUUGGAUGGCUUAUCCCCCAGUCUGUCAAUGUCACAUGACAGAACUCAGGAGUCAAAUUUCUCUGCAGACAAUGGUCCAGUCUAUCCAUCUAUAGUAGCAUAUCAGAGCAGCUCCUUGAAGAUAAUGUUCAGCUUCUCAAAGCCUCCUGGAAACCCACAAACAACAUCCAUCGAAGCUACUUUUACAAAUAUGUCAUCUAAUUUCUAUACAGAUUUUAUUUUCCAGGCUGCAGUUCCAAAGUUUGUUCAACUGCACUUGGAUCCAGCUAGCAGUAAUUCUCUUCCUGCAAGUGGCAAUGGGACAGUCACACAGAAAUUACGUGUUACUAAUAGCCAACAUGGGCAGAAACCUCUUGCUAUGCGCAUACGGAUAGCUUACAAGGUGAAUGGUCAAGAUGUUCUGGAACAAGGACAAAUCAGUAAUCUACCUGCCGGUUUGUGAGGUUGAGAGUUAAGAGUCUUCAGAAGGUUAAACGUGAGGAGCCAGGAUGUUGUUGACGGCCAUUGGAGAAGCUUCUUUGCUGCCUAGAACUGCGGUGGCAAUAUCUGUUUCCACUUUUAAAUACUUCAGGGGCAAAUUUAUCUUCUGGGAGUUGCCGUCGACUUGCACACUUCGACCAUGGUAUUCGCGGAUGUCCCGAUGGGCCUUUUGUUUUUUCUGUGGUUGAUGUACAUUAUGAUAUCAUGUUCCCAUUGGUGAGUUUCAGGGAUUGAUUUUUCUUCUGAUCCAGGGAGAAGAGAGGGGGCAUUGUUUCUGAGUCUUAUUGCAAACAUGGCUGUUUUAGCUGAUUUUGUAGGGAUUGAACCCCUCCCAGCUCAAUUGGAAGAUGGAGAACCGUAAGAGUG